CGGCAGCUACUACUGUUCAUGCCCACAUGGUUACCAGGGAGACGGUAAAAUCAAUGGUACAGGAUGCACCAAAAAAUCCAAACAACUACAAAUUGUUCUCGGUUGUGUGUUCGGCUCCUUGGUCUUGCUUAUGGUUGGUAUUUGGUUAUCAUACUGGGCAAUAAGGAAUAGAAGGAUGAACAAGCUAAGAGAGAUGUUCUUCGAACAAAAUGGUGGAUUGCUCAUGCAACAACUGCUCUCUUCGCACAGCAUGGGAACCAAAUCCGCACGCAUCUUCACCGAAAAAGAACUAGAGCUUGCCACAGACAACUACAAUGAAAGCCGAGUCCUUGGCCAAGGAGGCUACGGUAUUGUUUACAAAGGAAUCCUCACAAGCAACCAAAUUGUGGCCAUCAAAAAGUCUAAAUUCAUGGAUAACAACAACCAAAUCAAUCAGAUGGACCAGUUCAUCAAUGAGGUGGUCAUUCUAUCACAAGUGAUCCACAAGAAUGUGGUGAAGAUCUUGGGUUGUUGCCUUGAGACACCAGUGCCAUUACUUGUCUAUGAGUAUGUCCCCGGUGGAACGCUUUACCAUCAUAUCCACGAAAGAAAGGGUUCACUUUCAUGGAGUAUUCGUUUGAAAAUUGCCACAGAAACUGCUGAUGCAUUGUCCUAUCUUCACUCUGCCACUGAAACACAAAUCUUGCACAGAGAUGUCAAGUCUGCAAACAUUCUUCUUGAUGACAACUACAUGGCCAAAGUAUCAGAUUUUGGAGCUUCAAGACUGAUACCACAAGAUGCAGACAACAAAACAACGAUGGUUCAGGGAACUCCCGGGUACUUGGAUCCAGAAUGUUACUCCUCUGGAAUUUUAACAGAGAAGAGUGAUGUCUAUAGCUUUGGAGUUGUCCUUGCUGAGCUUCUUACAGGAGAAAAGCCCAUUUCACAUGGAAGAAAACAGGAGGAGAAGAGCCUGGCCAUUUACUUCGUUCUAAGCGUGAAGAGAAACUCAAUGUUCGAUAUCUUAGAGCCUAGAGUGAAGACUGAGGCAAAACAAGAGCAAUUGCAGGGAAUGACUGAGUUGAUACAGGGAUGCCUUAAGAUGAAAGGGGAUGAAAGGCCAACAAUGAAGGCUGUGGCCUUGGAGCUUGAACGUUUGAAGAGCCAAGAUGUGGAUAGCCUGCAUGAAUGGCCAGUACUGAAUGAGUGUGGAGUGGAUGAGAGUGUGGUCGUUAAAACAAAAAGGUUUGUUAAAUGGAAAAGUUUAGAGGAUGAAAGCUUGCUCGGAAGAUCAAUUUCUUCUUGUGCUUCAAGUCAUGAGACAGGGAAUACAAGUGAUUUGCUGAUGGGUUGUAGUUCAACCAUGUUCUUAUCUAGCAGCACCAUGGAUACUGAAAUCAUGCUGGCUGCACUGGGACCACGGAAGAAGUGAUUUUUUUUUUAUAUUACAUAUAGCUAGUUAGCAAUUUUGGAGUCUCUCCUAUGUUUGAUGUUUUGGAUUUAGGACCACAUGCCCCAUGUUCUAAAUUAAUUAAGGUUUUACUUCUAAAAUGAAAAGCGUACUAACCACCUAUCACCUGUGGCGGUUCA